ACAGCAUCUCGUAUCUUUUGUGCGGAAGGUUUUUUUUCCUCUCUCUCAGCGAAACACCUCCCUGAACACGCGUUUUCCAGCUCUGUUUCCCUCUCUUCCUUCUCUCUGCCACUCUUUUUUCAGAGUAGUAGUAAUACCAGCAGCAGCUGAACAGCAUCGUGGGUCCAUCUACAACUGAUAGAAACCGACUCUCCUGUUGCCAUCCUCCAUCUCUCUCCUUUUCUCUCCUCCUUCUCCCCUGUUGCAUGCUGAUUUGUUCAAAGAUUGCGAGGAGUUGACAGCCAGACACCCAUCAACAAGAAUGCUGCAGAAGUGGAGGACAGUGGAAGAAACUCAUUGAGAUGUAGUAAGACAAAGGACAGAGUGAUGCCGGCAGUAGAUUAACAGGGAACCGUUGGGCAGCUGAGGACUGAUCUGAGCCUUGCAGAGGGAAAGCAGAGCAGAAAGCGAGCUGGGGUUCAGUUGCAUCAGGGUGGAAGCUGUUGAAUAGCUGCAUGUGACGCCCUCCGUUCUUGAGCCCGAGGGAAAAGGAUCCUAUGAGCGAAGAGGAUAAGCUGUACCCAGGAAGCAGGGGAAUGGCAUGAUCUCCUCUCUUUCAUGUGACUUCUGACAUCAUCUCGAGGCAUGAGACUUAGUCCACGCCAUGCUACUCCUUGUGGACUGCCUCUGAACAGUGACUUCCUUGUCAUCCCAACACCACGUAGGGAAGUCACAGAGUUGGUUCAUACUGCAGGCAGUCACGGAAACCCAGGGGGCCGCCCUGACCCUGACCCCUCUGCGGUGAGCUGCCGCUGAGGACCAUGGUCCUGCCGUUGCUGCUGAAGCUCCUUAACGUCUUCCUGCGCCAGUCGACCCUCACCAAAACUGCUGCCGCGAAACAUUGCCACCGCCCGUCCUGCUGCCCGUCUGCUCUGAUGCCGCGCCCGCCCGGCCUGCCACUCUCUUGCCGCCGCGGGUGGGAGGCGAAAGAGCACCCACGACGUCUGCCCACCGAAGGGAGAGAGGUGCUGUCUCUGGGUGCAGAUGUGUUGCCGGAGUACAAGCUGCAGGCUCCUCGCAUCCACAAGUGGACGGUGUUGCACUACAGCCCCUUCAAGGCGGUGUGGGACUGGCUCAUCCUGCUGCUGGUCAUCUACACCGCCAUCCUGACUCCCUACUCAGCCGCAUUCCUCCUCAGCGAUCACGAAGACACGCACGGUUGCAUUUACUCCUGCUCUCCUCUCAAUGUGGUGGACCUCAUAGUGGACAUCAUGUUUAUUAUUGACAUCCUCAUCAACUUCAGGACAACAUACGUAAACUCUAAUGACGAAGUGGUGAGCCACCCGGUGCGUAUAGCUGUCCACUAUUUCAAAGGCUGGUUCCUCAUCGACAUGGUGGCUGCUAUUCCCUUUGACCUGCUCAUCUACCGCAAUGGAGAGGAGACCACCACUCUGAUUGGUCUGCUGAAGACUGCUCGUCUCCUACGGUUGGUUCGUGUAGCCCGAAAACUGGAUCGCUACUCAGAGUACGGUGCGGCUGUCCUCUUUCUUCUCAUGUGCACCUUCGCCCUCAUCGCUCACUGGCUGGCCUGCAUCUGGUAUGCAAUCGGUAGCGUAGAGCGGAACGGUUCAAUCGGCUGGCUCCACACUCUGGGCGACCAGUUAGGGAAACACUUCAAUGGUUCCAUACCAGGUUCAGGACCUUCCAUCAAAGACAAGUAUGUGACAGCGCUGUACUUCACCUUCAGCAGUCUGACCAGCGUGGGAUUCGGAAACGUGUCCCCCAACACCAACUCUGAGAAGAUCUUCUCCAUCUGCGUCAUGCUCAUCGGAUCCCUCAUGUACGCCAGUAUCUUUGGGAAUGUCUCAGCCAUCAUCCAGCGGCUGUACUCCGGGACGGCCCGCUACCACACCCAGAUGCUGAGAGUCAGGGAGUUCAUCCGCUUCCACCAGAUCCCCAACCCACUCAGGCAGAGGUUGGAGGAGUACUUCCAGCAUGCCUGGUCCUACACCAAUGGCAUCGACAUGAACGCUGUGCUGAAAGGUUUCCCUGAGUGUCUCCAGGCUGAUAUCUGCCUCCAUCUUAACCGGACGUUGCUGCAGAACUGUAAGGCUUUUAAAGGCUCCACGAAGGGCUGCCUCAGAGCGCUGGCCAUGAAGUUCAAGACCACCCACGCACCCCCGGGUGAUACGCUGGUCCACGCUGGCGAUGUCCUGACUGCCCUCUACUUCAUAUCCAGGGGAUCCAUAGAGAUACUGAGAGGAGACGUGGUGGUAGCCAUCUUGGGGAAGAACGACAUCUUUGGCGAGCCCAUUAACCUGUAUCACCGACCCGGUAAAUCCAAUGCUGAUGUGAGGGCUCUAACGUACUGCGACCUUCAUAAGAUUUUGAGAGAAGAUGUUCUGGAGGUGCUGGACAUGUAUCCUGAGUUUGCAGAUCACUUCUGGAACAACCUGGAAAUCACUUUCAACCUCAGAGACACUAACAUGAUCCCAGGUUCCCCCAGCAGUGACGACUCCAACUCUGGGGGGUUCAACAAAUUAAGGAGACGUAAACUGUCAUUCAGAAGACGCACAGAAAAAGAUGAUGCAGAUGCUGGAGAAAUAAAAAAGUCCCAUAAGUCUGUGAGACGAAGACAGCGGGAGACGGCCCACAAUCAAAAACAAGAGGAGGCGUCUAAGAGACCGUGGGGGGCACAUCGAAGCUCAGUGUCCUCACAUUCCAGUGGUGAUGAGGGGGAGGAGUCAGUAGUGACUGGUCUCGCCCCUCCGUCUGCAAUGCAAGAGAAUCCACACAAGCAAGUCCCACCCUUUACCGAGAACACCGAGGGUGAUGGAGACCCCAAGCCUGGGAACACCUGCAAUGCCCUGUCAGGGGCAUUCUCAGGUGUGUCCAACAUCUUUAGUUUCUGGGGAGAGAGCCGGGGGAGUGGUCAGUACCAGGAGGUUCCCAGCUGCAGCCUUGCCUCCCCUCCGCCCCUCAACACACCACUGCACAGCUUGAGCCGACAGCAACGCAACCAGCUGGACACACGCCUGGACCUGCUGCAGAAACAGCUCAACAGGUUAGAGAGUCGCAUGUCAACGGACAUCGGCGUGAUCAUGCAGCUGCUGCAGAGGCAGAUGGCGCUGGUACCUCCAGCCUACAGCGCUGUUUCAUCACCACCUCAGGCCUCACCCUACCCAGGUCCCGGUCCAGGACCCGGUCCGGGAGAUGGAGUGGUUCCUCCUGGUACACCUCUUGAGACAGACACACUGGCCUCUCUGUCACAGAUCCUGCAUUCCCAGGACUUUGAGGAGUUCCCAGCUAAACCUCUUGACUCUCUGCAGCCCCAGGACACGUCUCUGAUCAACACAAGCCAGAGCCAGCUUGCCCCUUCUGGACUUGACAGACUAGGCCAGCAUCUCGGACUAGGCGGUGGAGCUGGAGUCGUUUCAGUGGCAGUGGUAGGUUCAGGUUCAGGUUUAGGUUUAGAGUUAGGGAGUGGGGAGGGUGCAGUUUCUAGCUUAGGAGCAGGGUUAGAUUUUGGUUCAGGGGUAUGCAUGGGUGCUGGGACAGCUGCUGCAACAGGAGUCUCACCGCUGGAUCCUGAAACCCCACGGAGGCUAUCGCUCCAAGAACCACAGACACCCCUGGAGUCACGGACACCACAGAGACACAGCUCCGACCCAGGGGGGAGCUAAAGAAGACACGGGGAUGAGGGGAAGGAGAGUGGGCUCAAGGCAGGGACACAGAGAAAAUGAGACUGCUGCAUUCAGCAACUCUUUAAGUUCCUCCUGGUUCCACCGCUCCAUGUGGCACUUUGGAUUUCAGGAGACACCUACUGUACCUGCCACUUAAACCUUUUAGGGCACCCAGCUACUCUAUCUUCACUGUCAACCUCUCAAUAAGGACUCACUGCUCAGAGAACGUGAAGCCAGGCAGGAGGUUGAGGCCUUUCAUUAUCUCUUUCUGAAGUCCCACCCUCUCCUCGGGAAACAUUUGGAGCUUUCUGAGCCCCACAAUGGUACAACCUUUAACCAAAACCACACACUGAGUGAACAUAGUCUGGUCUGGACCUCUCAGUCGUCCUUCUUAGGAUGUCGCUUUUUUCAGACUUACAUAUAAAUGACUGCUAACUUGUAGAAGAAUCCCUUUACUGCUGUAUCCAGUGUUGGAUGACUGACAAGUACCAUCGAAGACAACAUUGAACAGAAUGACGAAACAAGUAGCCAUUUACGUCUUGCACUGAAAAUCCUAUUGAUACGAUGAUUAUUCUAUUCUAUAUGUCCAUGGCGCUUCCGAUAAACUCUCAAACUGGUAAAUUGUAGUGUUAGCUGGCCUAACAGGAGUCCUGCUGUCUCGUCCUGUCAUUAGUUCCUCUCCCCUGAAGUCCUACACCCAAGAGGUGGAGCUGAUGUUCCACACUUCCCAAGAGCACACUGGAUUGGCUGGUUUGCACCUCAGGGGUGGGAACUGGAGGGUAAAAAGCCAUGAAUUUUCUUGAUGAACAUAUCAGCUGCCCUGUCAUAAACAUUGUACAGAUUUGCUAGGGAGUGAAGAACAUUUGGCACGCUUAGGCAGCGUCACAAACAGGUAAACUGGCAAACUUACAAGUUUUCCACAAGAACAGUGCACCAAAAAAUUAAAAAUAAAAAAACCACAAAAAACCCAGCUUACUAGUUUCAUGAGCUACGAGUUGUGACCUUACAGCAAAGUUGUGUUGGAUUAUUUUUGACACGAUGAAGUCAGCAGUGACUGGAUACUGGAACGCUUGUAUGUGUAACGUCACAUCAAAGCUCAUGCAUAAAGGGAAAACAUGUCGAGUGAUUCUAGUUUAUCAUAGGUUGAAUUUGCUACCUCAGAUUUCAUUGGUCCUUACUUUCUUUUUCUCCUAAGCAUGCACCCAGAAUGCUUCUACUAUGUACAUAAGCGUUUGUCAUGUGAUCCGUAAUUACACAAGUUUGCCAGUUUACAACGACCAGCCGAAUGCGCCAUUAUUCUAUGUACAGUAUAAUAUGCAAACACUGGCAAGACGACAGGAGCGAGUGUGAUUUAAUCUUACUACGUGUGUGAUAAGUUCAGGUCCAAAGCUUUUUAUGUGUGCGUUCGUCCUUGUUUUUGUCUUUCUGUCUGCAGAGCCUGGUGAUUAGUACGUUUGCAUCCAUGCACUGUCAAGGGUCAUUGGUUUUUCAUUUCCAAGACAAGUUUUUGUCUAGAAAGAAAAAAAGAAGAUGUGAACACCUUCAUUAAACAGGCAAAUGACAGUUUAGUGUUUGAAUUGAUAGCACAAACCCUUUACAAUGUUGACAUCACCACGAUUUUUUCUUUACUACAGCUGCAGAGAACACAGGAAGGAGAAACUGCACCUGACACAGUUAUUUUACAACAUUAUUUCAAUUACCUCCUACUUUGGGGUCCCAACAUCUCAUCCUUGUCACAAACUUUUAAUGCAGAUUCUUGCAGAGGUAUGAAAAGGCUGUAAUUACUUCAUCACACCACUGCUUUAUCUAUGUGAUAAGUUUAGAAACACAGCAUGCAAUGCGUUUAGAAACAAACCAGUUUUGUUCUAGCUCAUUAGAAAUGUACUCUUUGACAGUCAUUUGAUUCAGGAUUGACUCUGUUCAGGUCCAUCAAAAGAUGUGUCUGGUUCCAUUUAACUUUACAUGCAGUGCUGUUAUAGACCAAGGGAAGAAGACGCGUAGCUUCAAACUGUUGGCGCUGCUGUCCAUCUUAAAUAUCCAUCCACAGCACUUCAGUGAAAGGCUGCACUUCAUCAGUUCAAAGCAACAGUAAAAAUGUUAUCAGUAACCAGUUGAAUGACAACUUAAACUGAAUAAUGGCAUUUCCUUCUGUUUAUAAGUGCUUCUUUCACAUGAGCCAUACUGUAGGUAGACACGUACAGUUGUGGUUUUAAGUUUACCGACGCUCAUCAUGGACAUGAAUGUCAAGGCAAUACUGGGCUUUCAAAGGUUUCUUUGGACUACUCUUUCCCCGGCAUAGGAAUAGAGUUACAGAGUUGCAGCGCUGUAUCUGGACUCUAAAGCAGUUUUGAUUAACCCUAACCCCGUGCUGUAACCUAACGCAUCAGGUCGACGCAUACAACAGUGAUGUGAAUGUCAUCGAGGAUUGUGGUGUAGGGAUAAAAGGUGUUUCCAGUCCCGAGGUCAGUUGGGACGUAGAAACACAAAAUAAAUCUGGUUGGAUAUUUGACAACUCUUCUAUGAAGAAUUAGUAGAGUCCAGCUAAAAUGGUUGCAUUCUUAAGCAAGGUCCAAACAGUUUCCACUGGUUUGUGGGCAGGACUUUGGAAAAGUUGUUCCAGUUUUAUCUAUCUCACUUGCUUUAGUUUAUGUUUAGGUUACUACCCUGUUGAAACACCCAGUCAUUAAAUUUUCAACUGAUGGUUUGAGGUGUUGUGGAAAAAAUGUGACAUGGUCUGUUUCCUUCAUUAUAAUAUUCACGCUGUUCAAUGUACCAUUUCAACUGAUGUUACCACCACCAUGCUUAACAGUUGGUGGUGUUCUUGGUGUUUCUCCAAGCAAGCCUCUGGUAAAUUUCGCCAAGUUUAAUGGUGAAGGGCUUCCUUCUUGGACAACAAUUUGUCAUUCUGCUUGCAAUGUAAAACUUGCUUAGUUACAGACAGUGACAGUGAUGUUUGAGCAUGUUACAGUUUCAUCUUAGCUGAGCGUAGAAGUUUGAGUCUGACCUCAAGCAGAACGCAGUGACCCCAAGAGACUUCUCUGACUCUUUCUCAGAUCUACACCGAGCUUCUUGAAAUCUCUCAUUGUACUGUGUUAGUCAGUCUGUUGCGGUACCUGCAUUUAUGGCUCAAAGGAAUGUCUACAAAAUGUAAAUUUCCUACUCUUCACAAUGUUUGUUGUGCAGUCAUUUCAUCCCAGAAAAAGAACACGUCACAGAAAUGACUGAAAGCCCGAUACUGCCAAAACAUUCAUAUCCAGAUGUCCAGAAGCACGUACAACUAGAACUGUAAGGGUCACGAGGAUGAGUCUGGGAUUCAUUUUUAAUUACUGUAAAUGGCCUAAGGAGAAUGGCGCACACUGAGCUUACAAACUGUGUGUCAAAAAGAGAACAUCUAUGAAGGAAUAAACAGCAACACUUUUUCUAACGUGAUAUAGAAGAUGACGCAUACACUCUAAAAUAUAUUACUGGUCAUAUAGAGUAAAGGUGGAGUCUGGAUCUUGUACAAUCUGAUAUCCCCGUGUUGGUGUUCAUCCUGCAUUAUCAUUCAAUUCAAUUUUAUUUAUACAGCGCCAAAUCGCAACAACAGUCGCCUCAAGGCGCUUUAUAUUGUAAGGUAGACCCUACAAUAAUACAUACAGAGAAAAACCCAACAAUCAUAUGACCCCCUAUGAGCAAGCACUUUGGUGACAGUGGGAAGGAAAAACUCCCUUUUAACAGGAAGAAACCUCCAGCAGAACCAGGCUCAGGGAGGGGCGGGGCCAUCUGCUGUGAUUGGUUGGGAAGAGAGAAGGAAGACAAUGAUAUUGGUCCGAUCAACAUUGCGUCUGACCAAUGACAUUGUCUGAGUAUUCAGCUAGCAUUACCCACGAAGUUAGCGAAUGAUUUUAAAAACUGUCACUAACAAACCAACAAACCUGGACUAACAUUACAGUGAUGACACAGGAACAACACCAGUCCAGGGAUAUGAGAUACACCCUGGCGCACACCCAGAUACCUCUGGGCAGACAGAUGUGUUUAAAAUCAUAAAAGGUGAUGGAGGCAGAUUGACACUCCUUUAUAUUCGGGAAAAAAACAGGUUAUUUUUCUGCAUUAAUGGUCAUUUUUGCACAGUUUUUUUAAGUUGUCAAGAUGAAGGAAAACAAACACCCAUAACGUCUUCAAAAUGUGUCUUCCCUUAUACGCAGUUACAUGGAAAGACCCUUUCCUGUACUACGAAAUCAAAAGUUGUAAUGGAGAAAGAGGGCAAGCUUGUUGUUGAAGUGCAAUAGUCCUUUAAAGAGUUAAGACUUGUAGCAGCUUAACCACGUCCAUUUGAAUUUAAAGCACUUUAUUAUCAUUAUUAUUUUUAAACAGUGCAGAUGUUUAAUAAAGACUCAGGAAUGUGUCGCCGAUGUCACAGGUCUGAUUUUCCUUUGUCUCAAAAAACUCAAAACCAACCAAUCAGAAAGAAACAAAUUGGAUACGCGGUUACGUUUCAGCAGAGUUCCCCUUUAAUGCAGAAUUGUGAAGAUUGUAUUUCACUGUGGGUCUAUGGUGUUUAUUUAUUGUCGUAGGAUUAUGGUGUGUCUGUGGAUUUCUCACUUUGUUUCAGCAUGUAACGGCUCUCUGUGUUCUGUCAUUCUUUUGUUCACUCUGAUGACACUAUCGAUAUUUAUUCAGUAUUUAUCCAUAUUUAAUUAACAUUAUUGUACACUGAAAAAUUCUCAAUCAACUCCUGCCUGCAGUCAAGGCCACAUUCGGUAUCUCUCACCCGUUAGCCGUGGAAAUUGUCGGUGUCUGUGCGGUGAUUGGGCUGUGGUGUGCAGCCGCUUCAUAAAGGUGCACUUUAAGUUUGAACCAAAGCAAGCCCGUGCUGUAAACAAACCACUACUGGUGGCAUUGUAAACUUUAAUCCAGCUCUUUCACUCCCAAAAGAUUGUCGUCAUUUGAGUUAAGUGCAGAAAUGCAGCUGGAUUGAGUGUAACUGUAAACAAAGAUCUUUUUAAAGUGACUUGAUUGGUGAGGGUGUGAUGGGUUUGUUAGGAUGAUUGAUGAUGCUGUUUAGUGACGGCACACUGUAAACAGGGAUUCCAGCUUCUUUCAGAUGGACUGGAGCUUUUUUCCCUUCUUUUCGGUAUUCUAUAGUCGAAGCGUGAGUGAAAGCAUCACGGGUGUUUAAAGCUGUUAAGGUGACACUGACCAAAUCUGCUGAGCUCUUUUUACUACUGAACCGUACCUGGUUUAUUUCACUGCCAUCACCAGUUUUGUUUGGUUUUUUCCUACCAGCAGUCCCUGCCUGUGCUCUCCAGGAAACAAAGAACUAUUCUCGACUAAAUACCCAGUGGACCUGGCUUCUUUACAAGACUUUCUUUCUUUUUUUGACAGUGCAGUCGGUGGUUUUUUCCAGCAGUGGGCUCCCAUUGCCAUCUCACAUACUGUAGUGACUCUUCUGUUAGUGUUCAAUGACAGUCACCUAGUGGCCUGAACUGUAUCUUUACAUUCAGAACUAUGACCUCAAAACUAGAAUGUGGUUGUUGUCGACUCUUCUUCUCUGACCUUGUAUGUAACGGUAGACCUUAGUGCUAGAGGACACAUUUAUGUAUGCAUACUGCAUAUUAUAACAAUAGAGGGACACUUUCCAAGAAAAAAGAAACCAAGGGAGGGGACGGGGGAAUGUUUUUGUUUGUGGGCAGUUUUUGACUUGUGGGGGCAAGUGCUUCUUCCCCUUUGCAUUUAGACACACACACACACACACACACACACAAAAACAUAAGAACUGCCUGCGCACUUAAUACACAUGCCUCCCCUUAACAGCUCUUCCAUACUGCUGAGCUUUUUUCAGCUCUCUUCUACUUUCUAUGAGCUCUCACAGACUUGCUAUUUGUAGAUAUUUUGCGCACUUGAAGGAGGGAGGGGGGGUUUGGUACCGUUUACACAACACUGGAUCUAUUCUGCCUGUAAAUACCACCUUCUAUUACUUGUAAAGGAAUCGAACUCUUUGGCACUUGUAUAGCCAGCACUAUGCAGAAACCGAACUUUCUUUGGCAUGCUUUGAAAUGCAGAAUACUAUAGAGGAAAAUAUACAAAAUAAAUAAAGACUGCUCUAAUUUCUUAUUUAAAAAAAUAAAACAAGGAGCUGUCCAUGGUAAAAUGGAUGCGACGACGAUGACGGUGAUGAGGGUGAUGAAGCUAAAGACUUUUAAUAUUGUGCACAUUUUUACUUGCAUGCUGCACUGAAAAAUCAUCCGGCAAAGAGAAGGUUUGAUGUGCAAAGCAGCUGAUUUUUGCUGUAUGCUUGCAGACUGUGUGUAGAGUGAAACACUGAAUUCUUCCAGGUAACGGGAGAGUCGUUAUUUAUAUAAUACAUAUAUACAUACUACUUCCAGGUCAUGGAAGAGAGGGGUACUGAAUAGCUGCAAACAUAGUGAUCUUAGAUGAUACAAUAUUAUAUUGUAUACUUGUAUCUUUGGUUGCAAACCACUGUAACAGAGUGAUGCAUGUGUGGCAGUCCUGGGCAGAACUGUUGACCGUUUCCAAAAUAUCCUGAAGCACUUGAUUCCCCAUAUCUGGUCUCCGGGCUGUCUCGCCUGGGGGAGUUAAAUAAAGUACACCUACAUGAAAUGCAUUUUUGGACCACAUCUUGCUGUUUAAGUGUGACGUGGUAAAACCUCUUAGCAAUAGCAUAUCUUUAACACAUUUUGCUUAGAAGUACUGAGUCAUGACAUGUCCCAUCAAAACCAAUACUUUUUAAUCUUGUAUACUCUGGCAGUCUAUGGAAUACUGCUUAGCCAUAAAAUAGUAAUGCUGAGCUCGCCAGUGAAGCAGUUCUGAAAACCCGUUUUCUACAAAAUUGGGAAAAUGUGUAACAUGUAAAAAAAACAAAAACAGAAUUGAAACCACAAACAUGACAUCAAAUACUGAACAGGAGAAAUUUGACAUUGUUUUUUAACCUGUGGAAUGUCUCACUCCUAAAUAUGUCAGGCAACCAGUCGGUAACACGAUUAGGUUUAAAAAGAAAGCAUGGCUACAAUGUUUUUAGAGGGCCUGCUGCCAUCCUGAUGAUAUCUAUUUCAAUGAAGGCCUUUGUCAUUGUCUACAUUCAUUAGGACAAUGCUAAACAUUCUGCAACAUUCUCCAAGUAUUCCAACAGCACAGCUCUUCAGCAAGAGUCCAGGUGCUGAACUGGAGUGCAGCAAAUCUAAAUGUAUCUUUCUACAUUUUACACAUAAACCCAACUUUUUUUUUGGAAAAUCUGGGUUGUCCGAAGCGCUAAUGAUUCAUAUCAAAGACUGCAAAAGGUUGGAGGGGAAACGGUGACGCUCCAGGUUCUGAUUGUGUGAUAGCAUAAUCAAAUGGUUGAUCUUUAUAAAAUUUGAAAAAUAUUUCUUUCAAUAAACCUCUUUGAAAGCAAA